AUGAUUCCCGGUGCGAUUAAUUUGCAAAGAUUAUUACAGCCAACAACGGGUGAAGUUGAACGUGUUGUAGUACCUGAACUCGAUAAUUUACUCAAACUUGAUUCAUAUCUUGAACCAUAUCAAGAUGAAAUUCGACGACGUUAUUAUGUCUUUCAACAAAUUCUUAAACGACUUGAAACUGAAGAACAAGGUGUCGACCAUUUUACAUCUGCAUAUAAACAUUUUGGUAUUCAUGUUAAUCCUCAAACAAAUGAGAUAAAUAUUAAAGAAUGGGCACCUGGAGCAAAAGCAAUGUAUAUUCGUGGGGAUUUUAAUAAUUGGAAAGAACGAGAAUAUCCAUUUACAUGCGAUCAGUGGGGUGUAUGGCGAGUGACAAUUCCACCGUUGUCCGAUGGAUCUACGACUAUUAAACAUGGGCAAGCAAUUAAAUUACUUCUUGAAAUCGGUAAUGGUCAAUUAGUUGAUCGUCUGUGUCCAUGGUCACGUUAUGUACAGCGAGCAGAAAAAUCGUCUGUUUAUCAUGGUGUAUUUUACAAUCCUCCGAUUGAUGAAAUUUAUCAAUUUAAAUAUUCUCAACCAAAAAAACGUGAUCGAUUGAAAAUUUACGAAGCUCAUGUAGGGAUUAGUUCACCAAAGCAAGAAAUUGCUACGUACAAAAAUUUUCGGGUUAAUGUUAUUCCUCGUAUUGUUAAACAAGGCUAUAAUACAAUUCAAGUAAUGGCUAUUAUGGAACAUCCUUAUUAUGCUAGUUUUGGUUACCAAGUAACAAGUUAUUUUGCUGCAUCAAGUCGGUAUGGUACACCUGAAGAAUUAAAAGCAUUAAUUGAUGAGGCGCAUAAAUAUGGCUUAGCUGUGCUACUUGAUAUUGUUCAUAGUCAUAGUUCUACAAAUGUAGUGGAUGGACUUAAUAUGUUUGAUGGUACAGUUGGUUGUUUCUUUCACGAUAGUGCACGCGGUUAUCAUACCCUUUGGGAUAGUCGAUGUUUUAAUUAUUUAGAACGUGAAGUCAUGAGAUUUCUUCUUUCCAAUAUUCGAUACUGGUUAGAAGAAUUCAAAUUUGAUGGCUUUCGAUUCGAUGGUGUUUCGUCAAUGCUUUAUCAUUCGCAUGGCAUUGCACAUAGCUUUUCUGGUUCAUAUGAUGAAUACUUUGGUUUAGCAGCUGACACUGAUUCAUUUAAUUAUCUUCAGCUAGCGAAUUAUGUUUGUCAAACAUUUUUUCCCGACUCCAUAAGAAUCGCAGAAGAUGUCUCAGGCAUGCCAACAUUAUGUCGACCCAUUGCUGAAGGCGGUGCUGGCUUUGAUUAUCGUUUAGCUAUGGCUAUUCCAGAUGUUUGGAUUAAAUUAUUAAAAGAAAAAAAAGACGAAGAUUGGCAUAUGGGAAAUAUAACAUGGGCAUUAAUCAAUCGUCGAGCAUCAGAAAAAAAUAUAGCCUAUGCUGAAAGUCAUGAUCAGUCGAUUGUUGGUGAUAAAACUAUUGCACAAUGGUUGCUAGACGAACAGAUUUAUAGUAAUAUGUCAAUUUUCGACGAACGAACAGGAAUUAUUGACCGUGGUUUAGCAUUUCAUAAAAUGAUUCGUUUAUUAACAUAUGCAUUAGGAGGAGAAGGUUGGCUUAAUUUUGAAGGUAAUGAAUUUGGUCAUCCUGAAUGGCUUGAUUUUCCUCGAAUAGGAAAUAAUGAAAGCUAUAAGCAUGCUCGUCGUCUUUUCUAUCUAUGUGAUGAUGAAAAUUUAAGAUUUAAAUAUCUUAAUGCAUGGGAUAAAGCAAUGAACGUCUUGGAAGAAGAAUACAAAUGGUUAUCAGCGCAGAAUACAUGUAUUAGUCGACGAAUCGAAACUGAUAAAAUAAUAGUAUUUGAACGUGGCAAUCAAGGGUUAAUGUUUAUAUUUAAUUUUCAUGGAAAUAAAAGUUUUCCUGACUAUCGCAUUGGAUGUGGUCAAAGUGGAAAAUAUAAAAUUGUGCUUAAUUCGGAUGCAAAACUAUUCGAUGGCCAUGAUAGAAUCAAUAGUGAACAAGUAUUUUGUACGGAAAAUAUCAGUUGGGACGACAGACCAUAUUCGUUUAAAAUUUAUGCUCCAACUCGUACUGUAUGUGUUCUUGCUUUGGUUGACGACGAAAAGUGA